UCUGACGCUUUUGUUUAGGGACAUAUCCGUUCGUGACUUCCUCAAACUGCACUGUGGGAGGGGUCUGUACGGGUCUGGGCAUGCCACCCCAGAACGUGGGUGAAGUCUAUGGAGUUGUCAAAGCCUACACCACGAGAGUUGGGAUUGGCGCUUUCCCUACAGAGCAGAACAACGAAACCGGAGAGCUCUUGCAGACGAGAGGAAAGGAAGUGGGCGUGACCACAGGUCGCAAAAGAAGAUGCGGUUGGCUGGAUCUGGUGCUUAUCAAAUACGCUCACAUGAUUAAUGGCUUUACAGCCUUAGCUCUCACCAAACUUGACAUCUUAGAUGUGCUUCCUGAGAUCAAAGUUGGUGUGGCGUACAAAGUAGAUGGUGAAAUCAUCCCACAUUUUCCAGCAAACCAAGAGGUGCUCCAGAAGGUUGAAGUACAGUACGAGACCCUGCCAGGCUGGAAAACGGACACGUCUGCUGCAAGGACCUUUGAAGAGCUUCCAGAAAAUGCACAGAAAUACGUCUGCUACAUUGAAGAUCACUUGGGUGUGCCUGUAAAGUGGAUUGGUGUUGGGAAGUCGCGGGAAUCGAUGAUCCAGCUCUUUUAAGAGGCUGCCUGGCCUGCAUGUAGCACUGGCUGGAUUGCGCUCUGGACUCGGGAUGUGUUACUUCUCCCGCCUCCCUUCAGUUUUUUUUUCCAUGGCAAGAACGUCAUUUUGUGUCACUCGGAUCAUCCUGCAGCCCUCUGAAAUGGAGUAUUUGCCAUAUAUAACGGCAUUCCUGCGGUGAAUCAAAAAGAGCUUUUCAAUUUUUACUUUCGUGUAAUCAUUUAUUUGUUUCUCCUCUGCUUUACGUCGUCCUCCUCUGGCGUUUGGCGCUCUCAAGCUCAGUAUCCCCAUCUUGAGUCCAUAUGCUGUACAUGUGCUACUGCUUCAAACAGGCAUCAGUAGUGAUGUAUAUUAUCAGUUUUUCCACACAGGUUGGGUAAAAGAUUACUUAUACAUGUUAUAUUUAAUGUUCUUCGUUGUUUUAUCCUACAAGAAUCGACGGUUAUGCAAUGUGUAUUACCACACUUUGUCCUUGUUUUAAAUGGACUGUAUGAUUGACUCGCUCGAGUCCAAUUCAUUUAAACGUACGGUUUUUAAAAGACAAUGUAAAUGUUUCUUUACCACAUGCAUAAAUACAGAUUCGGAGGUUCUGGGUACGAAUUAUGUACAAUGCAGCCUCAAAAUGUACUACCAUUACCGUGGGUGUUUUCUGUUUCUCUAAGACAGCUUAUGAAAGCAUCUUUAAAUUUUAAUCUAUUUAAUUUGCUCUAAAAAAUAGUAUAUAAUUCAAAUGUGCCUCAAGAAGCAUAUACUAUUAUACAGUCCGGAGUUUUGAUUCCAUUGAAUGUAUGUAAACAUUUGCACAGCACUCAGAUGUUUAUUGUUCAACUGUACAACUUUAUGCCGCAAGCAUAUUAAAGCCACUUUAACGAGACAUCAAUGAACUUGCCUUUCGAUAUAGAGAAUAGAUCCUUAAGAUGCCGCCUCAGGAUGUACGACAGUAAAACGCACUGAUGAUCGAACUACUUCUGUGGUUGCUAGCUGCUGCACGAGGUCUUCUGCUUUUUCCUGACCUCCAGUAUAGUGCACUUACCGAACCUUUACAUGUUAGAGAUGAUCUAAGCAGAGCUUGCCUAUUUAAACGCGACUAGGUUCUUUCAGAAACCCUGAACUGCUUCUUCUGUUUUGUCGCACCUUCCAGUAAUUGAGUAACGUAGGAUAAAGU